AUGAAAUCUGUUGAUCAAAGCGUUUCAGGAUCCAGUGAGAUCCCGGUUACAGAUCCUCUCUCUCGUGAAGAAAGUAAACGUCUAGCAAAGAAUAUUAGGAGCAAAAGCCGUUACGAAAAGAUGAAACAAAUACCUGGUGCGUAUAAAGCUUUCUUAGAUAGGAGGCGCGAAAAUGCAGCGAAAAGGCAUGAAAGAUUGGAUGACAAGACAAAAGCUGAACAUCGUUUACAGCAUGCAAGAGCAACUGCUGAGUACGAACGAAGAAAGAAGGAAAAAGAUCCUACAUAUAAAAAAUAUGACGCAAGGACAGGGAUACGUAAAAGAGUUCGCGAAGGAACAGCAACCGAAGAGGAUAAAUAA